AUGGAGACUGUAACCAGUCUCUAUGUUUAUCCGUCUGAACACGUAAUGGACUCGCCUACAUUGGCUUCACCAUCUGGAGAUCACACUAUGAAUAUACUACCGUGCAAAGACAUAGGCAUGAGCUAUGAGGCGAUUGCUGGAGUGAAGACCACAUACACGGAAAAGCUUGGUGUGUCGUGCCAAAUUUGUGGUUGUAUGUCCUCCGGGUUUCAUUAUGGAGCCUACACAUGCGAAGGAUGUAAGGCUUUUUUUCAUAGAUGUAUUAAGAAAAAUAUAAUUUAUCAACAAUGCGGGAAAGGGAAGAACUGCCGAGCUAAUAUUGGGCCAAAAUAUAAAUGUAGGGUUUGCAGAUACCAGAAGUGUGUACAGGUUGGAAUGUCUAUUGGUGCUAUUAGAGUUGGCAGAAUGCCAAACACUGAACGGGAAAAACUGAGAGCCAACCGCAAGAACACUAAUGGCGAUAGACGUCGACAACUGGACAUCUCUGAUAUAAUUACAACGAAUUUCUCUAACGUUUUCUACAAGUCUUCUUUAUUCGAAGCAAAUAAUAAUUCGAUAAAUAAUCCUAUUAAUGACGAUUAUUCUGGAUUUGUAAUAAGCAAACUGGAUACAUUCGGCUUUCAUCAACUUGGAGUAAUUAAUUUAUAUCAAGAAAUGCUAGUACCUAUGAUAAAAGAUGCAAUCAAAUUUGCCAAAAAAUUACCUGGAUUCUUAGAUUUGCAACUAACUGAUAGAGUAGCAUUAAUGAAACAUGGAGCUUUUUCUGUUUGCAUAUUAAUGAUGUAUGGAUCGUUUACUGGACAGCAUGUUCAAUUAAAAGGUACACAGACCAGUCUGUACCUUACUAAAGAGGCUAUAAUUAAUUGCUUUGAAGCACAAUUACUUCUCGGUAAUAUUAUACAGUUAUCGGAAAGGAUUCAUCAACUUAAUUUUCACAAGACAGAAUUAGCCCUCUUUGCCGCGAUUAUCUUAUUAUCAGAUAGUCCUUUGCUGGUUGAAAGAGACAGAAUUCGAUCAAUUGCUGAUGAUGUUGCACGGGUUAUGCAAAUGGAAUUGGGUCAUAUUCGUUCUCAGAAUAAGGACACGUUUCUUUCGUUUUUAGCGUUAAAAGAGGAUUUGCAACAAGCAUCGACGGAAUUUAUCAAUAAUAUGAAGAACGGAUUUUGCAGCCUACCCGAGGAUGAGUGUGAAGCACACUUGCUUUUAAAGGAAAUAUUCGAUAUUUGA